AGAGGAAAUGGUCGAGUCAUGCAAUCAGAGCCACAGUCUGGCAGCAGCAGGUUGUUUUCAGCCCAGAUAUGACCCGGUUCUCCCACCCCACCCUGACAAUCUCCAGCACCCUGUUGCUGUUCCCUAAUAUCACACUACACAUCUCAAAGCUCAUCAUGUCAGCCUCCACCAACCUAUAGGAGUUAAGGAUUUAAUGCGACAUCAUAUGCCUACCUUGUCUCUCACUGGACCAAUAGGAUCUUGGAUUAUAGCACGUGCACUGAGAGGAGUUGCUUUUGGUAGUAGUGGUGCCAGUGGAAUCAUUUGCGUUCGCCUCACUGGGUGUGAAAGGCCCAUGGGAUGCACAGGAUGUAGUAUGGAUUUUGGACUUUUAUAUGACAUUUGAACUGAGAGGGGGAGAGACAAGAGAAGUGUGGUGACAAACGAGGAGGAAAGGGAGAGGGGAAGAGAGAGAGAGGCAGGGUGAUGGGAAACAUCAACAAGGCUUCUAAAAAGAACAGUAAAAGGAAGAAGGCAGUGUCCCCCGUAGAACGAAGCAGCGCCCCAUUGGCUGCCGCCAUGCUGGGCGAACUGGGUGGUGCAGGUGAGGCGGACACAGAGGACGAGGAUGGAGGAGGGAGUGAGCAGGAAUUUGAGGAGCCCCUGUGUGCUCUGGUUCAGAACUGCAACAUGCUGCACAACAUAGUGGGGCCUGCUUGUAUCUUCCUCAGACAGGGCUUCGCACAGAGCCAGCUUGACAGAGAUCUACGACCAGAGGAAAUGGAAGAGCUACGUGAGGCCUUCAAGGAGUUCGACAAAGACAAGGACGGGUUCAUCAGCUGUAAGGACCUUGGGGAGUGCAUGAGGACUAUGGGAUACAUGCCGACAGAGAUGGAACUGAUUGAACUCAGCCAGCAGAUCUGUGGUGGAAGAGUGGACUUUGAGGAUUUCGUGGAACUGAUGGGUCCAAAGAUGCUCGCUGAGACCGCAGAUAUGAUUGGAGUCAAGGAGCUGAGGGACGCCUUCAGAGAGUUUGACUCCGAUGGCGAUGGACAGAUCAGCCUCGGGGAGCUUAGAGAAGCCAUGAAGAAGCUGAUGGGGGAGCAGCUCAACCACCGAGAGAUCGACGAGAUCCUGCGAGAUGUAGACCUCAAUGGAGACGGACAGGUGGACUUUGAAGAGUUUGUGCGAAUGAUGUCUCGCUGACUCUUCACUCUGCUGCACUAAACUCGACAUGGACCAGACUGCACACUGUUAAUGUUCUUGUAAUUCUUUUUGAUGUACAAAGACUUCUUGGUGUGUGUAUGUGUUUUUUCAGUUACCUUAAUCAUCUCUCAAAUAUAAGACAAUCCCCUCAAUGUGUUAGCAUUGUGUGAAUGUAAUAAGUGUUUAACAUGUAAUGAGAGAUUAUAGAGGAGAUGCUUUAACCAAAAUUGUGGACUUUUUAAAAGUUAAUUUAAAUUUGAAUAUAUUUGAACUGAGAAUCACUUCAGCAACACAAUAUAUACUAUGUAUGUAUAUAUAUAUAUAUAU